CUCUCCACCUUCCCCGGAUCAGAGGAAUCCCAUCGUGUCCUUAGUUCCCUCUCCUGAGUCUCCUCUCUCUCCCCUUUCUCUCCAUCGUUUUCAUUCCUUAGAAGGAUAUCAACACCUGUUCCGAAGCUUCCUUUCUCCAACCAACACGGCCCCCAGCAUACUCCUCGUGUGAACAGAACGAACGUGAAAACAGAAGGAGAGAGGAGAAACUCAACAAACCAUGUCUAGCACCCCAAACACCUACACAGGCGGCACCUCGUCCCCAGUGGUCAUGGACAAGGAAUACAACCACCACAGCCACCGCGACAACAUCAACCAGCACCAGCACAGCGGCCGCUCCUCCAACGUCCGCGAGUACGAGCGCGAGCAGCCGGUGGCGGCCCACGUCCUGGCUGCGGCCUUUGGCGGCGCCCUCCAGCCGGGUCUAUGGAGGCCCCUCGAGCACCGCAAAUUCGCCAACCCGGCGCCCCUGGGCCUCUCGGCCUUUGCCCUGACCACGUUCGUCCUGUCCUGCGUGAACUUGCACGCUAGGGGGGUGACGGCACCGCAUAUUGCCGUUCCUCUCGCUUUUGGCUAUGGCGGGUUGGUCCAGCUUCUGUCUGGCAUGUGGGAAAUGGCAGUAGGCAACACCUUCGGCGCCACAGCCCUCUCCUCCUACGGCGGCUUCUGGAUCGCCUACGGCAUCCUCCUGACCCCAGCAUGGGGCAUCACCACGCCCGACGGGCCCUACGCAUCAGACUACGCCGGCCACUACUCGGCCAUCGGGUUCUUCCUGACGGGCUGGUUCAUCUUCACGACGGUGCUCCUCCUCUGCACGCUGCGGUCCACCGUGGCCUUCCUCUUCCUCUUCUUCACCCUCGACCUCUGCUUCCUCUUCCUCGCCUGCGAGAACUACGCCCUGGCCGAGGGGAGCGAGUCCAUUGCGCGCACCCUGCAGAUCUGCGGCGGCACGUUCGGCAUGCUGGCGGCGUUUGCGGCGUGGUAUAACGCCCUGGCGGGUCUGCAGGAUGAUAGCAACAGCUUCUUCCGCGUGCCGGUCAUCCAUCUCCCUUGGUCGGAGCUGGGGAGGGAGAUUCGGAGGGAGAAGAGCCACAGCAUGUGA